UGUAGGGUGGGCCUGGCCGGAUUCGAGAAUCUUAAAGAUGUCGGCCCUUUGUGAUGAGAAGCUCAGGGAUGCAUUUAUACAACUAGUGAGAGAUGACGUUACAGCUCAGAGGAAAGAAAAUGGCCAAGCUUUUUUUGUUGAUGUAGAAGUUUAUGACAUUUGCUAUCCAUCCUCUGUGAAGGAAGCUGCCGAUGAUUCCUCUCUCUCCAAGUUCUUACUUCGUUAUCAUCCUCCUCCAAUAAUGUCUCCCUCUGUAUUGAAACAUUAUUUUGAUUCUAAAGAUUCACGUGCAAGUAAAUUAGUAACUCUGCUCAGUAUUGGAGGGGAAUAUGGUUAUCAUCUUUUGUACAUGGCAUUGAGAGAGGAUGGUAAAAAGAUAGCUGUUGAAGAAUUGGAAAAAACAGCAAGAAGUCUUCAUAAGAAGCCUCCUGACAGUUUGUUUGGCCAUGAAUCAUCUCUUCAGCAUCCAGAGCCUGUUAAUACGUUAGACGCUACAGUGCAUUCAUCUUCAUCUACGAAGCGAGUGACAGAGCCACUUGGUGAAGAUGUAUCUAUUAUGCAAAAAUAUCAACAAAAUGUAUCAAAGUCACUUGAUUAUAUGCCUCAGGAUCUUCCUCAUCGACCUGAUUGUAAUUGUACUGGUCAUGGUUGCUUCCAAAGAGGGCUCUCUAUUCCUGACAAUUCAAGUCUGUACAAAGAUCCAGUCAUUUCUAAACAAGAAAUGCUCUCUAAGGAAAGUAUGGGGUUUGAUGUUCCUAGCUCUGAAACUACGUUAAUUACGAGUGAACCAAGCUCUCACGAGUCAUCAAAUACUGCACUUUGUGUUGAUACUGAGACAUCAGAGCUUUCUCAGGCAGCGCUAGGAGACAAUGUUAUCCAAUCAAGUGCAGGUGCUUACCAAUAUCAAACUUUAGCACAUACAACAGAACCAUCUAUAGAACCUAAAAACAUCCCUGAUACAUCCAAUUCUCACCAUUUUAGUCAAUAUCAAAAUAAUUGAAUAUUAUUGCUAUCAUUAUUAUUAUUGUCAUUAU